AGUGAGUAAAAAGAGACUUGGACGUAUCUUGAAGUGUGAGAGAGAGGAGAUACAAACAAAAUUGGAAGGUACAGUACAGUACAUACAAAACAUACAAACCCUGUUUUGUAUGAUUGAUUGAUUGAUUGCCUUAAUUGGUUUCAGGCAACACUUUUGAUUCACGUGAACCCUUUCAUGACAGGAAAGUAUUCAACGAAUCAUGGAUAAUUAAAAACACCAACACCGACACCAGCGAGGAAUGGUAAAAGUGGACGCUAGCGAUACAUUUAAACCCCCUUCAUUGCGGGGUAAAAAGAAGAGGAGAUCAACGGAUCCGAUUCGAUGGAUGAUCUCUCUGAUAAAUGCACCCUAUUCUAUCAUCUACUACUCAUCCUUGAUUCACAAUUACCAAGUACCACCGUAGUAUCCCACAGUGUACGAUCUCUUAUCUCCCGAUCACUAUCGUUGUCUCAUAUUUGCCGUUUCUCUCUACAAUCCUUACUGAUCUAUCCCAUCCUUUCGUCUAUUCUCGACUGAAUAACCACCACAGACAUCCUUUCCAAAAUAGGGCGACAAGGAACGCUUUAUUCCUUGCUGGACAAUCGUCAUAUCGCACGACGAUCGGAGUGUGAAUGAAGACGUAUCUUCGAUGGAUUUGAGUGUUACUAGUAACAGGGCUACUCAAGAAAGUCCUGACUCUACUAGCAAGGCUGAUGUCACUGUUCAGGGUAUAGUACCGCAGCAAGAACGGCUCCCCUCAAGGGAUGAGCUUGACCACCUUUUCAGAGCCAAGGAGGACUAUGAGCAGCCCACAACGACCAGGAAAGAGCUAUGGUCUUACUACCUAUACUAUAAUGGUGAUAAUGGAGUUGGUCCUGGUUCUUAUUCUCAAGCACUAUUCCAAUGGGCUCUAACUGGUGCGGGCUGGCAGCCAGGGGCGGAGCCACAUGAACCUUGCACAGCGUCAUCUGCGUGUGUGGUUCCUUGGGCUGGAGGCACUCGCUCCGUCUCGUCAGUCGUUCUAAUUGCCAAUGGACUUUGUUUUACUUUUAUGACGGUGAUCUUUGUUUGGCUGGGCAGUGCUGCAGAUUAUGGCUCAUUUGGCCGCUGGCUACUCUUAGUCCUCACCGUGGUCUGUUGGGCUUUGCAGUACGGUAUGAUGGCAAUCAAGCAUCCCAAUCAAUGGCCUGCAGCAAUGGGCAUGUACGUGGUCGCAUAUGUUGCUUAUGGUGCGACAUUGGUAUUCUACGCAGCUGUUUUUCCUCGGCUUGCUCGUUUUAUGCCCCACGUCCGCAAAGCCCGUGAAGAAGAUCUGCGCGAAGACAAAAUCACUAUUGAGGAGUAUGACGCGAUAGAGUCGCUGGAAAGAAACCAUAUCAGCAACGUGUCGACUGCGCACAGUAACAUUGGAUAUCUCUUAACACUUGCCCUCAAUUUGAGUGUUUUGCUGCCGCUCCAGGGAAAUGACUAUUCAAAUAAUCUUGCUUUGUGUCUGACAAACUCCUACUGGGUCGUCCUAGGCUUUUGGUGGUUCAUUUUCCAGCAGAAGCGCCCUGGGCCCCCAGUUCCAAAGGGCUCCAGUUAUGCAACGAUUGGCUUCAAGCAAUUAUGGGUAGCACUCCAAGAAGUUCGGUCACUGCCACAAACGUUUCUCUACUUUGUUGCUUACUUUUUGCUGGCUGAUGGACUGAACACGACUGGGACACUCGUCAGCAUAAUCCAGAACAAUGAGGUAUCAUUUUCGUUUCUCCAACUGACAUAUCUGGGAAUCGUUCAAGCAGUAACCUCGACCAUGUCGACCUUCGGGUUCUGGUAUAUCCAGAAAUAUUUCAAAAUAAGCACCAAGCGAAUGUUUCUUGUUACCAAUUUCUUCAGUGUGUUCAUCCCUUUCUGGGGCAUGUUAGGUUUGUGGACAACACGCAUCGGAUAUCAUCAUCGGUGGGAGUUCUACUUCUAUAACGUUGUUUUUGGUCUCUUUCAAGCUCCAUACUACGCCUACGCCCAAACAAUGAUCAGCGAGCUCAUGCCCCAAGGGUACGAUAACAUGUUUUUCGCUGUGUUCGGCAUCACCAACCGUGCCUCCUCGAUCAUCGGCCCGAAUGUCAUCCAAGCCAUCAUCAACGAUACACAAAACAAUUGGAUGGGGUUUCCGUUUCUCUUUGCUAUUUGUACUGCUGCUAUGAUCAUGAUUAGUUUUGUGGAUGUGGAGAAAGGUCGUCAGGACGGGCGAAAAUUCGUGCAGAAGAAAAAAAUGCUUCCGGGGGUUGGGUGAACCAAAUAUUUCGGUGUUAGAUCAAUAGUGCAUUAUCCUACAGUGCGGAAGAAUAAUUUGAAAGCAGGUUACUGUCCGUGUCAACGAGAGAUAUCUCAUUAUCUCCCAAUUCGGUAUCUAACACUAAUGUAGACUGUGACUAUGUACAGGGAGAACCAAAUGGGUAUUCACAAAAGCCAAACGCCAUGCCAUAAAACACGAGAAUAACAAUAUAUACAUUAUGUGGUCUAAAAAACGCCAAAAACCCAAGUACUUUUGGAUCUAUCCCAUAUAAUCCUCUAUUGUAUCAUGCCUGGCACAUUAAGCACGACAUAAAUAUAUCUUUGCAUCUACCUUUUUUUUUUUUUUUU